AUGCAACAACAGCCACCGCCGCAGACGACGACUACUCCGCCGCCACCUUCGGUAGGGUCCACAUCGGCGGAGGCACCGCCGAAGCAGGUGGCUUUGGCGAUGGACCGCCUCGGCCAAGCCGGCCGCCUCAUCGCCGACAUCAGGCUCGGCGCCGACCGCCUUCUGGAAGCGAUGUUCGUGGCGGCGCAGCCUCACCAGAGCACGAAGCCGCUCCACUUGUUCCUCAACGAAGACGCCUCCAUGCGCCAGCACCUCCAGGACCUCCGCUCCAUAGGAAGGCAGCUGGAAGAGUCUGGAGUGUUGAACGAUGCUCUCCGGUCGCGAAGUAAUUCGUGGGGAUUGCACAUGCCCUUGGUUUGUCCCGACGGCGCCGUCGUCGCUUAUGCUUGGAAACGCCAGCUGGCUGGCCAGGCCGGUGCUUCUGCGGUGGACAGGACCAGGUUAGCGCUCAAGGCCUUCUCUGAUCAGAAAAGAAGAUUUUUUCCUCACCUGGAUGAUGGAUUGGACGGUCAGAGCGAUGAACCACUUUCAAAGAAACCGUGUGUUUCGCCAUCAUCGUCUACACACAAUCAAGAAGAACUACUAGAUUGCAAAACACUGUCGGAGAUUUUAAUGAGCUUGGAAAAGAAGGUGCCUAACUUGAAAAUUUUCACCUAUGAACGGUUGGAUUGGUUAAAAAGAGCCUCUUCACUGCCAGCAAAUGAGAGUCCACUGGAGACAGUAAAGGACCAUAAUUUUCAUAGUUCAAGCAAGUUACGAUCAACUUCAUUGGUUGAUGUUGCCACAGAUAAGGUUGCUGUCAUCGAGUUGUUGUUUCCUUCUGUCUUCAGAGCUGUAGUAUCAUUGCAUCCUGCUGGUUCUAUUGACCCAGAUGCAGUAGCUUUCUUUUCUCCAGAAGAGGGAGGCAGUUACAUUCAUGCAAGAGGUUUUUCAGUUUAUCAUGUGUUCAAACAUAUCACGGAACAUGCUGGUUUGGCCUUGCAGUAUUUUCUUGGAGUUCAAGCGGAAACAGCUCUAUAUUCCCUUUUGCUCUGGAUCUGCAGCUAUCAAACUCUAUUUACAAAAGUUUGCAGUAAGUGUGAACGACUGCUAUCUAUGGACCGACAAUCAGCUUUAUUGUUGCCUCCAGUUAAUCGUCCUUACCGGCAGUUCUCCACAUCAAAUAUAUCCUCCGGUUUAAAUCUUACCGAGACUUACCAUGUAGGUUGUUUUACAGAGGAAAGGUGAUCUCUACAACUGACAGGUUACAUUUUUAGGUGGGCAUGAGUUCUGCCAGAGGAGGUAGCAUGUUUUGGUGUUUUAACUAGCUUUGACUUAUAGGCAGAAUAACCAUAGAUUUUGGAAAAUUCAUGUAUUUGAUCAUAUUUUGAACACUAGUAGGUUUGUAAUUGUGACUUAUGAUUCUGUUGUAUUUUGGCAUUAGAAAUCAACAUGUAAAAUUAGUCCCUAUAUAGUUCUUAAGAAUAUUAU